AUGGCUCCGACUUCCUGGCAAAAGCUCAAAACCACACUCCAAAUCAGUCAUGACUACAGUGUCGUUCCUGCUGGCAUCCGAUGGAGAAGCAACACCUUUUUCAUUGUGUCAACAGUUGCUGUUGGUCUAUUCACUGAUCUAUUCUUGUACGGGCUGGUAGUACCAAUACUUCCGUAUAUGCUUCAAGACCGAGUUGGAUUGCCGCAAGACCAGGUUCAAUCGCACGUAGAUGGUCUACUCGCCGCCUAUGCUGGAGCCUCUGUCGUCUUCUCGCCUGUCGCUGGAAUUUUGGCCGACAAGACAUCUACACGCCAAGGACCCUUUCUCGUCGGACUUAUAGCCUUAUUGCUUGCAACAGUGCUGCUGUUCAUGGCAAACAACAUCCCCACGCUUGUCGUUGCCAGACUCCUCCAAGGCUGCUCUGCUGCCUUUGUUUGGACGAUUGGUCUCGCACUGUGUGUCGAGACUGUGGGUAAGGAUAAUCUUGGAAAGACCAUCGGGAGCAUUUUCAGUUUCAUAUCGGUCGGCAAUCUGGUUGCGCCGCUGCUCGGAGGCGUUCUCUACCAGAGAGCCGGCUAUGCUGGCGUAUUUGGGAUUGGCUUCGCCGUCUUGGCCAUCGAUUUCAUUAUGCGUUUAUUGGUCAUCGAAAAGAAGGUCGCUCGCCGGUACAUCGUCACUUCUCGGGGGGACAGCCACGAAAGUGAUACGUCCAAUACGAAUGACGAGGAAGCUACCAACAACGAAGAAGAGCCUUUGCUUGGAAGUAAAUCAGAGGACGACUACUACAUCAUUUCGAAGGAUCAGCCGGCCAUCGUUUGCAAGGUUCCGAUUCUGCCAUGCCUCAAAAACCCUCGCCUGAUCACAGCACUGGUGGUGGCUUUUGUUCAGGCACUACUGCUAGGCGCCUUCGAUGCCACCAUCCCCACCAUUGGACAAGAAUAUUUCAACUUCGACUCAUUGAAGGCGGGCACAUUGUUUCUUCCUCUAGGCGUAUUUGACUUCGUACUUGGGCCUAUCUUCGGCUGGGUCGUAGACCGCUUCGGAACCAAGGUGGCUGCAGUAGGAGGCUACACCUUUCUGGUGCCUUGUCUUGUCUUACUACGUCUUCCGCAUGCCGGAGGCAAGGACCAGAUCAUACUCUUUGCAGCGCUUCUGGGACUAUGCGGAGUCGGUCUUGCAGCCAUCGGAGCUCCGUCGAUCGUCGAGGCAGGCAACAUCGUACAGAAGUAUUACGACGUGAACCCUGACUUCUUUGGAGAGAAGGGACCGUUCGCAAGUCUGUACGCCAUGUCAUCGGUUGCGUUCUGUGCAGGGUUGGCGAUUGGGCCGGAGAUUGCUGGCGAGCUCAAGCAGGUGAUUGGGUACGGCAACAUGAAUAUCGUGCUUGCAGUCAUCUGCGGGCUCACAGCAGCAUUGUCGUUCUUCUACAUUGGAGGCAAGCCCAAGAUGCUUCGGGCAGGUUAG